ACUGUGUUGCUGAAAAGAUCAAAUUUAAAGAAAUAUAAAAUGUGUUUUAAAUACGACCGAAAUUUAGUUUUUGGAAUAAUAGCUUCAAUUCUAUUUGUAGUUCUUGGAAUUCUUCUAGUUCUAAUUUUCAUACAACCGAGUUCAUUGAAGAGGCCGCAGUGUAAAUUAAAUAAAAAUUCUUUUGGUGUUUGUGUAAAUUCAUCUGACUGUAUAGCUGAUAAUAAUAACUUCAAUGACGAUAAAUGUGGCAAUUCUGACAGCUUUAUAUGCUGUUCAUUUGAUGACGUCAUUCCUGAAAGUGAGAAGAAAUUUAAAAAUCAUAAAAAUUUCAAGUUUUUGAGUACAUCUCGUUGCGGACUACUGAAUAAUUAUCAAGUGAGCAUCAAUAACAACACAGAUGGCGUUUUCAGUUAUCUUGUUGACCUUGGAAUUAAAACUGAAAGCGGAGAAGUGAAUUUUACGUGUAGCGGAUCGUUGAUCAAUGAAUUUUUUGUUCUCACAACAGCGAAAUGUGUUUUGUCGAUGGAAUCAGGUUUUAAUCUGUCGUUGGUUAGACUGAGGCAUUAUAAAGGCUGUGAAAACAAUAACUGCGAGAACAUCAGCAGCUUCAAAAUUAUUCCACAUCCAGAAUUUGAUCCAGAUAAUUUAACAAACGAUAUUGCACUAAUCAAGCUAGUCCAACCUAUAAAUCAUCAAAAUCAUCAGUUAUCCACAAUCUGCCUGCCAUUUGGCAUUGAAAAAGUUCCAAAUAUUAUGAAUGCAGUCGAUUCAAAUUUACUGUCACAUUUCAUUAGCCUACCUGAAUGUUAUACAAGUCUUAAAAAUUUUAAUAGAGUGAAUAAUUCGUCGAAAGUAAAUUUAAUGCCAUUGUAUGAAGACAAUCAAUUUUGUGCGCAAACAAGAGCAGGCGUCAGCACUAAUUGCAGUGAUCAACUAGGAUCACCACUUCAAGCAUCGAGCAUAAUUAAAGGACAGAACCGCAUUGUCCAAUAUGGAAUUUUAUCAGAUAAAUCACAGUUUUGCGAGCUUCCACAAAUUUACACAAAAAUUAACAGCUACCUUAGUUGGAUUCUAGAUAAUGUUGACUCAUAA